CUCAUUUAUCGACUCCCAGAUGGUUUUACUGUUUAAACUUGUCUGGUAUUGCACUGAGCUUGCUUAUCAACUGCGUUUUAUCAAUUGAAACUUUGGCAUUUUUUUAUGUAAAAAUAUGUACGCCGUGACAUGCGUGACAACCCCCCACAUGCCCCAGAACUUGUGGGCUUUGUCGUCCGCCGCCCUUCAUGUCAGUUGACGAACGUUCGUGCAUGUCGUGGGAGCUGGGCGGACGUCGGCAUGGUCGGACCCCACACUCCACCAACCCACACUUCUAUCUGGGGUUUCUUCAAGUCGUGAUGGUUGUCCCAGCACACGGGUACAAAAAUUUCCAUAGCCACAACUGUCAUCGUAUUCAUCGUAAUCAUUGAGGCCCGCUGUUGCUAUGUUUGUCAAAUCUGUAAACCUCUUCCUCUGCAAAGCACUACGUACCAAAUUUAUUCACCCGAAACUCCCAAUCGCUUCCAUUGUCUGCCAGCAACGACAGCAGAGGGCACUCUUUACAAUGGAAGAAGUGGAGAAGGGGUUCCGUGAGGACGUCAACCUGGCAGCCGUGUGUCAGAUGACAGCCACCGCAGACAAAGAUGCCAACUUCCGGGCCGGUUCGUAUCUGGUCCAACGUGCUGCCAAGAUGGGUGCCAAGGUGGUCUUCUUGCCCGAGGGUGUGGACUACAUUGGCAGUUCCCCAGAGGAGUCGACCAGCAUGGCCGAGCCUCUGACUGGCAAGACAGUCACGGGUUACCGAGAGCUAUGCCGACAGCAUAAUGUGUGGAUAUCACUGGGAGGCAUUCAUGAGAUGGGACCAGUACAGCCAGUCGGUGACAGAAGCUACUGCAGCCAUGUUCUUCUCAAUCCAGAGGGAGAAAUUGCAUCCGUGUAUCACAAAACACAUCUGUUUGAAGUUCAAAUCGAAGGUCGAAUGAACCUGCGAGAGUCAAGUUUCAUCCUUCACGGUGAACACAUGAGUGACAUUGUUGACACUCCCAUCGGCAAAGUAGCGCCAAUGGUUUGUUACGAUCUGCGGUUUCCAGAAAUGUCCACUUUCUUAACACAGCAAGGAGCAGAGAUUUUAACCUACCCUUCAGCGUUCACCCAGUUCACAGGAAUGGCACAUUGGGAGGUUCUCCUGCGUAGCCGAGCCAUAGAGAACCAGUGUUACGUGAUCGCUGCAGCACAAACUGGUAAACACAACGACAAAAGAGCGUCCUACGGCCGGGCCAUGAUUGUUGAUCCGUGGGGCUGCGUCGUCGCCUGUUGUCAUGACGGUCUAGAUGUUGCCAUUGGUGACAUCGACCUGAGUUACCUGCGUAGAGUUCGAACUGAGAUGCCUGUCAUGGAACACCGACGGCACGACCUGUAUGGAUACUUGAAGGGAAGCAACAGUAAGACGGAUACCGAUGGCUGACGUUUAAAUGGUUGCCAUGGCGAUGGGGGGGGGUUUGGCUGACAUCUUUACAGACACCUAGCAAGGACGUAUGCCUAGCCUAGACUCUGGUCUGGUCGUGGGGAAAAUACAUCUUGAGAGGAAAUCAUGGACUGUGUUGUGUGGGGACGUCUGUGGGCCCCUCCAGCGUUGUCAUUCCCAAAAUAACUAUGGAACACCAAAGGUGACCCCUAAGCUACUGAAUAAAGAUACAUACAGAGGGCACCCACAUCAGUAUGAUGAAUAUGGGGUUAGCAAAUGUUUACAAGUCCUCAGAGAAUUUUGUCUUUUUAUAUUUUGGAAGAUCUAUCAUUUGAAACUCAACCAGACUGAUACAAGAAAGGCUGGGAAACAUGCCCAUGGUAGCCAGUGGAGUUGAAGUUCCAAUCUCCACCUGUUGUAUUUUUUGUUCUUUGAUUAAGACGUUCACAAUUUUGUUCAUUGUGUGAUAAUUGGCCAGUCACACAUCAAGCAGGCUCUCCAAUUAAAGACAUACUUUAAUAAUAAUAUAAUAGCAUUUAAAAGGUGCACAGUAGGUCCAAAAGUAUCUAUCAUUCGAAUCAUUAAAUUAUUUUACUGUGUUUGGGGACUCAUACAAAGAUAGAUCUAGGAUUGAAAUAUCUGCCUGAGUUCGGCACACACUUUUAAAUACUGCCUGCCCUCUCCUAGAAAAAUUUUUGAAACUGUUACAAAUCAUCUGUCUGAGUUCAUGUUUUCAUUACAACCACUGCUUUAAAUGAAGAUGUAAAGAUCUGUUCUCCUGUGGUGAAGAUUUGUGAAAGAAACGGGGGGGUUUGUAACUUUUAUUCAAGCGAGCACUACCUGUCCAGAAUAAUUUCAAUUUUUCUCCGGACACGCGGGCAGGUCGCCAGAUGAGACACUGGGUGGAGAUCUUGAAUAAGUUUGCUGGAUGGAUCAGAACACUUCACAGCUUUUUAAACAUUAACUAAAAGCUUACAUAUGGAACCAAACUGAUGAAGUCAAUAAAAUGACAAGCAGCAAAGGAUGACACAGUACUGACAAGCAUUUGAA